GUCAUUGCUUCGCUCUUACUUUGGUUACAUUUACCUGUUCCCUUAUUUAACUUUAGUACAACGUUUGUUUUCAAUUUAGUUGCUGUUAAACUAACAUAACGUGUGCAACUACCUCGCAGAGACAAUUUCUAUUUACUAAUAGUGGCGCCAAAAUUUUAAAUAGAAUUUAUAAAUAUACGCAAUAUUUUUGAAUAACGCUCUUAUGAUAUAUGUGCUGCCACCCCCUGGUCCCAUAGAAUCCCCCCAUAAGCGUCGAGAGCUCCAACAACAGUGCGUGGCAAUAACUCAUGGCCGCUAGCAAACUUUCAACAGCAACGUUAACAACGAGCCUUAAGCACACAACACCAUUCGAUGGCAUUUGUGCGAAAAUCUCAGCGUUCUAUUUUGACUUAGAUAACACGCUUAUCCCAACGCGGGCCGGUGACUCCAAAGCAAUACGCAAGCUUGCCGACGUGCUGGAAACGCAGUAUAGCUUUACCAAAGACGAUGCCAACCUGGCCACACAGAACUUUUUAAAGUCGUUUCGUCGCUGUCCAGACAACUCGCAGACCUCGCUGGACUCGUGGCGGACGCAUCUGUGGCGCGAAUCUCUGCAGCAGAAGUACAAGCAUCUCGCCGAGCAAAUCUAUCCGCAGUGGCUCAAGCUGCGCUACCGUUAUUUGGCCGUGCCGCCGGACUAUGUGCAGCUGUUGCAGCGUAUGCGACGCGCCGGCUAUGUCCUGGCGCUCAUCACAAACGGCCCGUCGAACGCACAGUGGGAGAAGGUCGCCAAGCUGCACGUGCGCGGCUAUUUCGACUGUGUGCUCGUCUCCUCGGAUCUGCCGUGGGAGAAGCCGCAUCGGGAGAUAUUCUAUGCGGCGUGCAAUUUUCUACGCGUCAAACCGCAGCAGUGCGCCAUGAUUGGCGAUAAACUUGAGACGGAUAUCAAGGGCGGCCACCUCGCCCAGCUGGGUCUGACGUUCUGGAUGCCGCUGAACAGCAGCAGCAGCGCCUCGCAGUGCCUGGACGAUGUGGAAUACAAGCCGCAUAUAAAGCUCAACAAUCUGCUGGAGCUGUACAAAUAUUUUCCGCGACUGAAUAUCGCUGCUCCGGCUCCGCCAAGCACAACGAAUCGCCGGAGCAGCCAUAUGCCCAUCACCAUAAGCAGCGCCAUCAGCAGCAGCGGGAGCAGCAGCAGCAACAGCAGCAGCAGCUGUGAGACUGAGAGGGCGGCUGCGGUGCGUCAACAGCAGAACUAUGCGGAGGAUGCCUAUCAGCGCCAGUGGGCGUAUAGGCGUGGCGGCUCACUGCCGGCCAUGGAUUGCUCCAAUAGCGAGACGGAGAACAGCUGCGAUAGUUUUAUUUAGGCAAUCCAGCUGCCGAGUUUUGGAUUUGUUCAAAGUCGACUCCAAAGGGGCCACGCCCACCAAGGCGUGUGCCAUUUGUUAAACAAGAUGAAACGCCAGAAGAGAAGGAAAGUGAAUGGAAUGUGCAAGAAAAGCAAACGAAAUAAUGAUGUACCUUCAGUUUACAAAACACACACACACACGCAAACAAACGCAUCCCUGGAAACAAUCACCCACCCAGCCACACAUCCACAGACACACAUACGCACACACACACAUAGCACUAAGCUUAACAGAAUCUAAAGUUCAAAAAACAAAUUGGAAUUGAAGCAGCAGAAAUAUUUAAAGCCUGGCUGAAUCUCGCAAAUCUGCCAUAAAAAUAUAUCUAUAUAAAAUAUAGUAUAUUUUUAAGCACAAAUACAGCAAACACGCCCCAUAACUAUAUAUAUGUAUAGAUAUAUAUUUAUAUUAAUGUAUAAUAUAUAUAUAUGUAUAUAGCUCGUGUAUUUUUCUAAAUGAAAAACCAAAAGAAAUGUUAAAACUACAAACGUUACGCAAAUACUAUUAUGUAUGUACAUGUAUGUAUAUGCCUAGGCUAUGCUAUUAAUAGGGUCAAUAUAUGUAUAGAUAUAUACUGCACAAUCUGUAGCCUGAUUAGAGAAUAGCACCAACAAACACCAACAACAACAACAAUGCAAAAAUUCAGCUAAAACUCAACAACAAACUUCAUGUGAAGAAACAAAAAUUGUUAACUAUUGUUGUAGGAAUGUAGAAAAUAUACCGAUUACUGUAUAUGAUUAUAUAUGUACAUAUACAUAUGCACGAUCUGUAAAUAUGUAUAUGCAUAUAUAUAGCUAUAUAUAACUAUAUUAUGUGUGCAUUUUGCAUGCGUAAUAUGUUGUUAUUGCUUAUGUUUUUGUUUAUAAUUUUUAUAUUUUUCUGUAAUCAUUUUUUUUUUAAUUAUGCUUUAAUAUAUAGAUAUAUAUAUAUGUGUGUGUGUGUGCCUGCGUGUGUGUGUAUUAGAGUCUUGGGAAGAACUGAGGGAUAUAAAUUAGCUAAAAAUGCCUACUUCCACUCCUUCCUGCGACUCUUGCUCCUGCAAUGAACCGAAUGCAAUCCUAAGGACAUGAUCCUUGUGCGUGUGUGCGUGAGUGUGUGCGUGUGUGUCGAACUGCACUGUUAUAGAUUAUAUACAUACGUCAAUAAAUGAAAAAGUCCA